CCUCGGCAGAUGCUGCUGCUGAUUUUUUUAAAUCCGUUUUUGUCAUGGCGGAAAUAAAAAAUCGACGGUUCCGUUAAUCGAUUUUAUCGCUCUAUUUAUCCUUUUUCGUACGUCGCAAACGGAUUUCAAAUGGAAUUUCAAGUGAAAGAGGGAAUUUUCAUGGAGACAACCGGUGAUUUCACGCGAGUGCAAAAUUUUCCGUGAAUUGACAUUGAGAAAUGGAUUUGUAAGAAUUUUUGUUUGUGGUGGGAUGGGGCUGAUGUGAAAAUUCAAAUGAAAAUUAAGUGACUGGAGAGUGAGUGUUUUAAUGUCACCGACAAUGAGUCCCACUGAUUGACAGGAAUGGCAGAUUUUCCGGCUUUUCCAUAUUUCUGUUUAGAUGCGAGCAUUGACCAAUUUUGAGAUAUUACGAGACAUGAGUCAUAAAGGCCGGAAGAGCAGAACCAGCUGACACUCGAGUGCCAUAAUGACGUCGGAGCCACUGUCGGAUGGUGGCAGUCCGGCGUUGCUUCAUCGUCCUCUACUCACCCCGCAUUUCGUCCUACGCUCAGCAACUCUUGAGCGCGACUCUGAGACUCACAACACCCGGAAAUCCGCUACUGGUGUUACAUCGUACUACGCGACUACCUCCGUGCGUUUUCAAACAUUCGACAUGGUGGAUCAAAAGUCACUCAGGUACAUCGGUGACAGCGUUGACGACGCUGCCGCCGGGGGCUGUGUCCAAGGAGGUGGUGGUGCACGGCUGACAGCUCCGAGAAUGUCAUUAUUGGGACGACCGAUUAACUACAGGGCGACACGCAGGGACGCCCGAUACCGGAGGCUACAAACAAACUUCUAUAAUUUUCUUGAACGUCCCAGGGGGAUCUACGCUAUCACCUACCACAUGAUCGUAUUUUGUAUGGUAUUCAUGUGCCUGGUAUUAUCAGUCUUCAGUACAAUAGACGAGUACGAAAAAGAAGCUGGUAUGUGGCUUUAUUAUAUGGAGCUCGUCGUUGUAAUUUGGUUCGGCAUGGAAUUCUGUCUGAGAUUGUGGUCAUCUGGAUGCCGGUCUCGUUACCAGACUGCCAUUGGUCGUCUGAAAUUCCUCCGUAGGCCAUUUUGCAUCAUAGACAUGAUAACUAUUCUCGCUAGUGUAGUGGUGCUAGCGAUGCGAAGUAGUGGCCAAGUAUUUGCGGCUAGUGCACUCCGGGGCCUGAGGUUCUUCCAGAUCCUGCGAAUGGUCCGGAUGGAUCGUCGUGGUGGUACCUGGAAAUUGCUAGGAAGUGUCGUGUAUGCACAUCGUCAAGAACUCAUUACAACCCUCUACAUCGGCUUCCUCGGUCUAAUAUUCGCAAGCUUCUUGGUUUAUCUCGCCGAGAGAGACGAUGAGCAUUUCAACAACUACGCGAAGGCCCUUUGGUGGGGAGUGAUUACGCUGUGCACCGUCGGUUAUGGGGAUGCUGUACCAAAAACUUGGCAAGGAAAAAUAAUCGCCUCUUUCUGCGCACUCCUGGGGAUAUCCUUCUUCGCAUUACCCGCGGGAAUUCUCGGCUCGGGAUUUGCCUUGAAAGUUCAGCAGCAGCAGAGGCAGAAACACAUGAUUAGAAGACGACAGCCUGCUGCGACGUUGAUUCAAGCACUAUGGAGAUGUUAUGCUGCUGAUGAACACAGUAUGAGCAUUGCCACUUGGAAAAUUCAUCAAGUUCCACUUUCUAGUCCACCUAGUAGUCGUCUGUCUUCCAGUUUCAAGCACAACGCAUCAUUCGUCAGUCGUUUGCCGACGAUCCGCCGACACAAAAGUACAUCCCUUCACAGUCCAGGUGGGCACAAGCUGUCACACAAUUACCAAAGACCACCCCCACGUGUUUUUACUGAUCUCAUAUCAUCAGCUGAGAAUUUAGGUCUUUUAAUGUCGACAGGAGUUGGUAAUCAUCAUCAUGGGAUUUGCAAUGAUCCCGAGAGCCAAUUAACAUCAAAAAAUUUAAAUGCCAGUUACUCCGAGGACUCGGUAGCUGAAACGGCUUUUUCCAAGAAAAAUUCAGACGACGAGGAAGAGGAGCCGUCGAGGUGCGUUCAUCUGACGAAGAAACACAAGACAGCAAUUCGGGCGAUCCGAAAGCUCAAGUACUUCGUGGCCCGCAAGAAGUUCAGAGAAGCUCUGAAACCUUACGACGUCAAGGACGUGAUCGAACAGUACAGCUCUGGGCACGCGGAUCUUCUGAAUCGCGUGCGAAAUCUACAAUUCAGAUUAGAUCAAAUCCUGGGGAGACAAGGGUCGAAAGCCCGCGACGUUUACGUUUCGAAGAUCAGUCUGGCAUCCAGAGUAGUAAAAGUUGAGAGACAGGUCGACGAUAUCGAGAGUAAAUUAGAUCAAUUAAUUGAAUUGUAUAUGGAGGAUCGGAAGAGGCUCUUGUCUUUGCCGAUGCCUGAGUCCUGCAAGGUGCCUCGUGCUUCCAUCGAGGAAACAACAAUUACCACUGUGUUGAAACCAAUACUCGUGGAUAAACAAUUGUCUGAGCCUAGUUCACCGACCGCCAAGGCACAGCGGGAAAUAAAACCCCAGAAACCGAGACUCAUUCAUCGGGGAUAUUCGGAUUUGGGAAGCAGAGUGAAAAAACGGGUUACUCUCAGCUCAAUAGCCCCACCACACCUGGUUCAUCUGGAUGAAUCCCCAGGGAUUAAACCACCGAUCACAUAUUCGGGUGGUUCCUUAUCGCCCAAGGACGAUGGGGUCGUUAUCAUUGUGCCUAAUCUAUCCGAAACUAGAAAAGAGACGAUACGACCCUCCGCUGUCAACGGACGCUUCGAUAAAUCCACGGUAACGGUGGAGUGCGACCCGGGACGUUCAGGGGAUGAAUACAACACCGAGAACGAGGGUGAGGACACGUCCUGCGAAAGGGCAGCACUCCUCGGUGAAUCUCCAGCAUCUCCAAGCACGAUAGACCCUGGAGGCAGCCUGGAGCCCUAAAAAAAAUCUAGAUAAUAAUUUACCGCGCUUAUAGUUUCAUUCAUUAAUUUAUUCACCUAGAGAAAAAAUACUCCAGAAUUUAGACUCAUUAUUUCGCAAUGUAUCCAAUUGACAUAGAUUAACAAAAAUCAAAUUAAAAUCAAUUAAUGAGAAAUAGAAAAAAUCCGUGACACGACGGAGACAAUAUUCGUAUUAUAAGUGAAAUAUUAUCGACGGCCUCUCACAACUCAAUUUUUUCACACGCUUUAUCUCUUUCGUUUCGUUUCUCUUUCGUUAAAUUUUUUCUAUUUUCCAGUGAAUUGAUAAAAUAAAAUUCAAGUGAAAGCUUCAGCGAAUGAAACGCCAAUUGUUCGUGAGAAAUAAAUUUCAGGGGAUCACUUUUGAGAUCACACCAUCAUUUUAUUUUUCUCUCCGCAUUUGUAUCAAAUCGAAAUAACAUUUACUCACGAAAAUAUACAGUUAAGAAUUGGAGGAAAAAUAGGGAAGCAAAAAAAAUAAAUAAACAACCGACCAUUUAAUCAAGAGAGAAUACAAUUUUAAAUAAAUUUUUAUAGGAUUAUUAAUAUACAUUAUUAUACAAAAUUAAAAUGGCAUUUUGACGAGAGAAAUUCGCACAGAGAUGCAAAUUUAGGGGAGUCAGUGCAUCGAUACAAAUGAGCAAUUUUAAUAAACAAAUUUAUCGUACAAGCUUCGAUAGACCAAAGUAUAAAUAAUUACUGUAAGUAGUUUAAGGCUUGAGAGAUAAUUUUUUUUCUCUACUGAAAGUGUCUUCGCUGUCACUUUACGAUAAAGAAUAAAAUGCUGAUUAUUUUUUAAUUGUUUAUACAAUUAUUCGACACCUCCCGAUGUUUUCCAAAGCACAAGAAUAUUUCAUAAACAAUUGGUUUACAAUGGAAACAAAUCGAGAGAGAAUUAAUAUAUUUAUGUCAAAUUCCUUUUGGAUUAAUCAAUUUCUUUUUUCACUCGAGGGGGAGAGACUCUGGGGCUGAAGUUAUCGGCUGAAACUUCUGGUACAAAGUUUAUCUACUAAAUAUCUUCACAGAUAUUUCUCAUAAAAAGAAAGUUAUCGGUUUUCAUUACGAAAUAGAAUUUAUCUCUUCACAUUUUUCAGGAAAAAAAAAUGAGAAAAUUCUGGAAUGGGAUUUCAAUGAAAUACUGAUGUUAAU